AUGUCUACCUCCGAAACCAUAGUAGCCGUUCUAUUCCUAAUAACUCUAGGUGCGUCCUGUAACGCAGCUAAAAACGCUGCGACACAACCACUCGCCCCGGCGAUCCUAAUCUUCGGAGACUCAACCGUGGAUACGGGAAACAACAAUUACCACUCCAAGUCUAACUUCAAGGCAAACCAUAUUCCUUACGGAGUCGAUAUCCCAGAGAAACCAGCGAAUGGAAGAUUCUCAAAUGGAAAACUCUAUUGCGACAUUAUUGCCUCCAAGCUUCACAUCAAAGAGUUAGUUCCUCCUUUUCUACAACCAAACCUCUCUGACGCAGAAAUCAUCACCGGGGUUAGCUUUGCAUCCGCUGGUUCAGGCUUUGACGAACGUACUAUGCUCACAACCAAAGCCAUCCCCGUCUCAUAUCAACCUACCGUGUUCAAGAAUUACAUUACUCGUCUCAAAGGUUUCGUAGGGGAGAAGAAAGCGAUGGAGAUCAUAAAUGGUGCCAUUGUGCUCCUCAGUGCGGGUACUAACGAUUUCAUCUUGAACUUUUAUGAUAUCCCUACAAGGCGCCUCGAGUUUCCUAGGAUCUCUGAUUACCAGGAUUUCGUGCUAAAGAGACUAGAGAAUUUUGUCAAGGUUGCCGGAAAAUUUUCAGUGGGUGGCUUAGCGCCGAUGGGGUGCUUGCCGAUCGUAAUGACCACAAAACACCGUAUGGGCAUAUUCAGAAAAUGCAUUGAAAGAUAUAACAAAGACUCACUCUUGUUCAACGAAAAGCUACAAAAGCUAGUGCUUGCUACUGAAACGUCUCUCCCAGGAAGCAAGAUUGUAUACACAAAUGUCUACGAUCCCAUGAUGGACAUGAUCCAGAAUCCUUCCAAAUACGGGUUUAAGGAAACGAAGAAAGGAUGUUGCGGAUCAGGGUAUCUUGAAGCGGGUGACUUGUGUAAUUCCAAAUCGAAGUUAUGUUCAAAUCACUCGGAGUAUAUGUUCUUUGACGCUAUUCAUCCUUCCUUUGCCACCUAUAAUCACGUCGUUCGUGCUACCGAAUCUACCAUAGUCAAGCUUCUUGAUGCAUAA